GUCACAACAUCCCAAUGUUGUUGUUAUUGUCUUGCGCGCGUUUUCCCAGCAUCCAUCGCUCCCGUCAUGAAUCCCGGCGAAAAGUACGAAAAGGACAUUCCGAAAAGGUUGCAGCAUGAUGCGAUAUUUGCCGAAAAAGUUACUCUCUCGCGGCAGUGUUCGGUUGUGUACGUAAUUACCGCGGAUAAGCGUUUGUUUGAGGUUCGGAAGCGAGCGAUUUUGAGUGAAGUUUCGCUGGUACAGAACGCCACGGCUGAUGCAUCCAACCACCAUCACAAUCCGCUUAUAAACAACUCCCGGCUGUUUAACGAUACCCCGUACGAUAUGGAUACAUCUCCGGUUAUAGACUUCCAAGGCUCCGGAACGAUAAGCAUCAAACUGUUCCGUGCAAACGAUGGAACCAAGCGCAAGCUGUUCAUACUCGUUCAGCUGGAUCGAACGUUGAUUGUGGUCGAGCGAAGGACCGUCGAUGGUUGCGAUGGCAACGGGAUGUUGGUGGUUCACACGCGGUUCGAAGAGUUCCAUCAACUCGCGUUAGUAGAAAGCACCCAGCGCCCAGGAAGCUGUGCAGUUCGUAUCGAUUUAGACGAUCGAGAUGAACCGAUAGUAACGGACUUCCUGGAUGGGUCCUUCAGGCGUGCUGGAUCGUCCGCUUCCCUGGAAGAUAAUUUUACCUGCUUCGAUGAGGUGCUAAAACUAUUGCGUGAACAAACGGCCGAGCGAAAAGCGCAGCUAGAAACGUCCCGCCUGACCUUAAGCGAAGUAUUUAACGGGCUAAACGAACGGAUGAAAACGGUUCCUCCGCUGCUACGAUCAUCCAAUCCGGAAGAAAAAAUUCCCCUGGUGCGUUACGGCGAGCUGUGGAAAAAGAUCCACAACGAUCGUUUGCUGAUCGGUUUCCCACUGUACAACUGCACGUACAAGCGUCGUUUAACCCUAAUUAAUCUGCGGUUAAUGUUGUUGGCCCAGAAUACCGAGAAAGUUUCCUUCGCCACACGGUUCUAUCGGCUGCGAGAUGAUGAUUACGACUUUAAAUCUUACCAGGAAAUUAUGGAGAUGGAAGACGAGUUCCAAAACGAUCUCACCUUUCACCAGGAAUGGGUUGCUGAAAAGAAAAACGUUCUAUACUCGGAAGAAUCCGCCAUAUUCUUGGCGAUCUGCGACCUGUCCUCGCUGAUUCCACUUGGACGUGGAUUUCAUUUCAACUGUUUCGUCACUUACAACAUCGAAACGUUCAAUGCAGAUUGUGAGGAUGUACAAUUAAACCUAGGUACCGUGGAGCUUCAGCAGCAACAACUCUGCAGCUCUGAGCUGUGGGUCCAGUUCCGCAGUGCGUCCGAAAUCGGUCGUGAUUUGCUCGCCGUAACGUCCACGUCUUCUGAUUUUCUAUCACUAGAAGUUCGGUACAUACGCGAACCCACCGUCGCGAUGAAGGAGUUCUGUGUCGGCAGAUUAGGUUUUGUGGAAGUGGUAUCGACCGGUGUAAAUCAAACUGUGCUGUACUGUGCUGAUAACACGUACUGGCAGGGCACGAUGAUAAGAUUGGAUCGGACGGAGGAGAAGCGUUUACGGAUGAAACUAUAUAGCAGAUAUCCACAUCAAAUACUAACGCUGCUGCAAUCGAUUUAUGCCGAUUACGAGGAGACCUGUACGAUGAACCUGUGUGCAACCGCCCAGAACACAACGGAGCAAGAGCUGAAGCAACGACUUUUGGAUGAAUUGCAAAGCAAAAUAGAACAACCGACCGAGAGAAACAUGUGCAUGCAAAAAGAAUUCUACACCGAUAAAGUUUAUUGUUCGUUAGACAUGCGGGAACCGCACGAAGCCGAUGCCGCGUCUAGUUGAUGUUGACCAGAUCGCUUCCGUCACCAUUGCCACGGUUGUCGAUUGCAACGUGCACGUUCACCAUCGCUGGAUUACGAUGAAUCAAGGUAGGACCAUCGUCUUCGCUCGGCUGAUCAUCCACCGUUAGGUAGGGCUCCGGAUCUUUGGCGUGUUCAGCGUCCUUGAGAAUGUCGACCUGGAUAGCAACGGCAGGAUUUUCGUCAUCCGGCACGUAAUGUGAAUUGCUCGAAAUUACACUAUUACCGUCCGGCACCAGCAUGGCUUUAUCGACUUCCGAUAGCGAUGGAAUGGGGUUUGCCGUUGCUAGGGCUAUCGCCACGAAAACCACUAGUAGAAACAGUUUCAUGUUGAUUGUUUCUAAUAAAUUUCCACACAAGAUUUCGAAUCGAUUCAACGCACACACGCUCUCUAUUAGGUUUGAAAUAAGAAGUAACACCAAUUUUAGCUAACCAAAGACACAAUAACGAUAAAACUGGACAGCCAGAUUGCUAAAGCUUUUAUAUGGGCCGGGAGUUGUAAAAGGAAGAUGAUUCGUUAUCAUUUUAUUGAGUGUCCAUGAUGCUAUUUUUGCGACCUACGUUUCGUGUAGAUAAAAGAUAGGGAAAGUGCAUUUGUAAAGGAUUAUGAAAUCGAACUUUGAUUGUCGCACAUGUACAGAUACCGUGAACGAUCCGGAGAAUUUUUAUUAAA